AUGAAGACGUUCAAGUUGAACUUUCCUCUGCUAGUGGGUGCUCCCCUCUGCAUACACGUCGUCGUCGUCGUCGUCGUCGUCGCCCUCGCCCUCGCCGUCAACAUCGUCGACGUCGACGGCCCCUCCCUCUUAGCUGUCGUCAAUACCAUCAUCGUCGUCGACGUUGUCGACCCUCCCCCCUUACAGGUACACGUCUUUAUCGGUCCAUCAGGUGCCUUUCCUUUUUGGGAUACCUUACCUACCUUCACCCAUCUUCGCCUACCUUUGCCCACCCUCACCCACCUCCACCCACCUUCACCUAUUCUCGCCUUCUCUCACCUACCCCCACCACCUUCACUCAUCCACACCGACCUUCACCCACCCCUCUCACCCACCCUCCCCAUCUUACUUAGGGCUCAGUACCUCUUCGGAGGGAAGCCAACAGACGCUCGCAAGUUGCCCUACAGCGCCCUCGAUGCAACCUCGACACCGAGCUCCAACGAGCUUCAAGACCGGUCCCCUUGGCAGAGCGUUGACCUUGUCGUGGUCAAGGGGCUCAGUACCUCUUCGGAGGGAAGCCAACAGACGCUCGCAAGAGGCGUGUCAGGUUGUGUUUUUGUUAAAGACGCUCGGAAGAGCAGUUGCUUUCGACACGAAACUCAAGAUUUCCACGAGGAAUAUGUAUUGAUCGUUUUGCUGCAGCUGUGUGACUGUGUGAAUGUGAGAGAACGGCGUCGACCUGCAUUCAACAGCAGCGCCCUCUACACAACCUCGACACCGCGCUCCAACGAGCUUGAAGACCGGUCCCCUGGGAUAGCGUCGACCUUGUCGUGGUCCAGGGGCUCUAGUACCUCGGAGUCCGAUCCUCUGAGGGAAGCCAACAGACGCUUACUAACAGCACGACAUCAACACCCGACGGUGGAAUCUAAGGUAUCUUGGGCUGGGUUUGUUGCUGGGCUUGGGCUGGUCUCGCUGGAGCUAGGCGACAUCGACAGCGACCUCACGAGCGAGAUCAAGCACGACUUCGACAUCGAACUCACGACCUCGCCCAAGCACGACUUCGACGUCAACACCGACCUCACGAACUAG